AUGAUAAUGGAAAACUUUCAAAAAUGCACCAAAUUGGUGUCGACCUUGAAAUCGUCUCAGAGUCUCUUAAAAUGCCCCCGUUGCUUUCAUCUCGCAGUUGUGGAAAAGAACAUUGGUCAAUGUCAGAAUGUUCUUUGCCAGUACAUUUGGUGUCGCAACUGCUCCAGUUUUUCGGCGACGGGCCCCGAGGACUUUUACGAUAAAUGCCAGAAAUCAGAACUCGUUUUAGAGGCUCCGGCUGUGCGUCAGAGGCUUUUGGACAUUUCCAAUGCAACAGCCACCACCAACGUAAAUACAGAUACCAUGCCGUCAUUCUUCAUGGACUCGUCUCCUGGACCACUUCAUCUAAAUACUAGCAAAUAUGAUUCAUCAGGGUACAUGUCAGAGAAUGACUUGGGAUCCCCAGCUGUCCGAAGGAAUACCUCAACCGCACUCACGGGAAAAGAUAAGUCUAAUAUUUUGAAAGAUUGUAAUAGGAAUUCAAGCUCAUCUUUGAGGAGGUCUAGGCGGUCGUCGCUGCUCUCGGUAGUGGAGUCCAAUACUCCAAAGAUCGUUGAAACCGUGGAACCUUCGAGUCCUCCUAAAGUUAAAAAUGUUGCCUGCUCAAGACAGAGCAAAAAGAAUUUAAAACGCCUCAAAUUUUAAUAUAGUUCCUUUUUUAUUCAUGUUUAUCUCUUAAAUAUAUUUUCUUUUGUACGUAAAUACGUUUUGUCCUUCUGUGAUGUAUUUUGAUCGAUUAAUUAAUUAUCUCCAAAUCUUUCAAGCAUAGUGAGGAUGCUUGAAGUAAUUACGUUAAAAAAAUAUAAUAAAUGCAGGUAAGUGCUUAACUAUUGGCAUGCAGCCAUAAGCAUAUUUUUUUAAUGUGUACACUUUUUUAAUAGGUGUUUGUUUUUUUUUAAGAUGUAAGAUGUGCAUUGGAAUUUUAAAUUAAGUGAAUUGUAUCGUUAUAAAGAUUUUUUUAGUGGUACUAGUUGUUGCAUUUCCUUUGUACUCCAGUUUAUACAGUACUAUAAUUAAUAAAUUAACUUUUACAUUUUUAAA